ACAAGCCUAAGAUCUUGUAUUAUCGGUAUCAUCGAGCGCGACACCGAAAUGGUACGGGGGUCUUAAAAACCCCCGGGGUCCUGAACAAAAAUUCUCAUAGCAUGCAACGUCUUUAUUUAUCUUAAAUCUGUGGUCUAUCCUUAUAUUUCGUCUGUGGUGACACUAAUAAUUCGAGUAAUAUAAAACACAAUGAUGAUCUAUUACUGCAUGUUAUCCGUGGUUAAACUGAAAACAAAUCCUACAUUCACUGUAUAAUAAACGGAGUUAUAAUCGGAGGAUUUAUCAAUAUGGCAAGCACUUCUUCAGAACAAAGUAAUAUUGCACAAAAAACAUGGGAAAUGUCAAAUAAUGUAGAGACAAUCAGCACUGUUGAUGAGAUUUAUAGAUACGACCGUAAAGAACAACAGGACAUAUUAGCUGCAAAGCCAUGGGAAAAAGACCCCCACUUUUUUAAAGACAUAAAAAUCUCUGCGUUGGCAUUGUUAAAAAUGGUUAUGCAUGCUCGCUCUGGUGGAACUUUAGAAGUAAUGGGUCUCCUUCUUGGAAAAGUAGCUGCAAAUACAAUGAUUGUUAUGGAUUCUUUUGCAUUGCCAGUGGAAGGAACAGAAACAAGAGUGAAUGCUCAAGCACAAGCUUAUGAAUAUAUGUCAGCAUAUGUAGAAGCAGCUAAACAGGUUGGAAGACAAGAAAAUGCAAUUGGAUGGUAUCAUAGUCACCCUGGGUAUGGCUGUUGGUUAUCAGGUAUUGAUGUGUCUACCCAAAUGCUUAAUCAAAACUUCCAAGAACCUUUUGUUGCUAUUGUUAUUGAUCCUGUGAGAACAAUAUCCGCUGGGAAAGUUUGUUUAGGUGCAUUCAGAACUUAUCCAAAGGGAUAUAAACCAGCAAAUGAAGAACCAUCAGAAUAUCAAACAAUUCCAUUGAACAAAAUUGAAGAUUUUGGUGUUCACUGCAAACAAUAUUAUUCAUUAGAAGUAUCGUACUUCAAAUCAUCAUUAGAUAGGCGUUUAUUAGACUCUUUGUGGAAUAAAUAUUGGGUGAACACAUUAAGUUCUUCUAGCCUUUUAACAAAUGCAGAUUACACGACAGGACAAAUAUUUGACUUAUCAGACAAAUUAGAACAAUCUGAAGCAGCACUUGGAAGAGGAUUUAUUUUAGGUGGUACGGAUCCGCAUGAUCGAUGUUCAGUAGAGAAACUAAUUAAAGCAACAAGAGACAGUUGUAAAACUACAAUUGAAAUUAUUCAUGGUUUAAUGGCACAAAUAAUUAAAGACAGAUUAUUUAAUCAGGUUGGUUGUAAUAAUGCUAUUGAAAUUCAACAGCAACAGCAGUAAAUGUUAUAGAUAAAGUAUAACUAUUAUAAGAAGAUUAUAAUAAUGUUCGUAAUAUGUAAUUAAUGUAUGGAAAAUUUGUAAUAACAACAAAAUACAUACAAAAUGUCUGCAUUUA